AUGCUAGAAGCUAAGUUUCAACAAUCCUCGUUUUUCAAGAAGAUCAUCGACGGUCUGAAGGACUGCGUCCAGCUGGUGAACUUCAACUGCUCGGAGAAGGGCAUCGCGGCGCAGGCGGUGGACGACUCGCGCGUGCUGCUGGUGUCGCUGGUGGUGACGCCGGAGGCGUUCGAGGAGUACCGGUCGGACCGCGCGGUGACGCUGGGCGUGGACCUCAACUCGCUGGGCAAGAUCCUGCGCUGCGGGGCGAACGAGGACAGCCUGACGCUGGUGGCGGAGGACUCGCCAGACACGAUGCUGGUGCUGUUCGAGGACACGAAGCGCGAGCGGAUCAGCGAGUACUCCCUGAAGCUGAUGGAGAUCGACGCGGACUUUCUGGAGAUCGACCAGAUCGACUACGACACGACGGUGCACAUGCCGUCCGCGGAGUUUGCGAAGAUCAUCCGCGACCUGAACCAGCUGAGCGACUCGCUGAACGUGGUCGUGACCAAGGAGACGAUCAAGUUCAUCUCAGAGGGCGACUUUGGCUCGGGCUCCGUCAUCGUCAAGCCACGCACCGACGUCGAGCGCCCGGAGGACUCCGUCAAGGUUGAGCUCGAGAAGCCCGUGGACCUGACCUUCGGCUCCAAGUACCUGCUGGACAUCAUCAAGGCCGCCGCGCUCUCGGUCUCCAUCACCAUCAAGCUGUCGGCCGACACGCCCGCGCUGUUCCAGUUCAACCUCGACGGCGCCGGCCACCUGCAGUAUUUCCUCGCCCCCAAGUUCAACGAGGAGGAAUGA